AUGGCGCAAACUAAUUCAGCCCUUUAUCCCGACCUCCAAGGUCGAGUUACUCUGGUCAUCGGAGCCGGACAGUCAGGCGACCCUAAUUCGAAAGUAUGGGGGAAUGGAGCGGCCAUUGCUAAAGUCCUAGCCUCCUCCGGGGCAAAGAUCAUCGCCUGCGAUGUGAACCUCGAAGCAGCGCAACGAACAGCAGCCCGCAUCCAAGCCGAUGGAGGAUUUUGCGAGGCCAUCCAGCUUGACGCAACACUCAGCAGCGAUAUCACACGAGUCGUCAAACAGGUAGUCGACAAAUACCAUCGAAUCGAUAUCCUCGUAAACAACGUCGGUCUCACCAAGACCGGCGACCCAGCAACAAUGCCAGAAGAGGCAUGGGAUGCUCAAUUUCAACUCAACUUGAAAACCGUCUAUCUCACCUGCAACGCCGUUUUACCGGUGAUGGAAAAGCAAGGCUCCGGGGCCAUCGUCAAUAAUGCUAGUAUUGCUGGGAUGAAGUAUCUUGGUAAACCGCAGAUUGCAUAUGCAUCUGCCAAGGCGGCGGUCAUUCACUUCUCGAAGAUCACAGGCGUGAUGUAUGCCAGUAAGGGAAUUCGGGUCAAUUCUGUGUCUCCGGGGAUGGUUUUUACACCACUGCUAGAGAAGUUGGGGGCUAGUAAGCUAGCGGAAGAGCGGGAGAUAUAUAAGAAGAUCACGGAUCAUAAUGUCCCCAUGGGGUUCAUGGGGGACGCGUUUGAUGUCGCCAAUGCGGUGGCAUUCUUGGCUAGUCGUUCGUCGCGCUAUGUUGUUGGUCAGAACUUGGUUGUUGAUGGUGGGCUCACGGGCUCGACUGGCACAGGUCAAAUUGUGUCUAAGCUUUGA